GUUUACUUAAUUUCUAUCACUGUUUUUUACCCAACAAAGCCAAUGUUGCAGAACCUUUACAUCGCUUAUUGGACAAAAAUGUUAAAUGGCGGUGGGAGGAAAAACAUAAACUUGCUUUCAAUGCUUCAAAGAAGCUCCUUUCUUCCGAUAGUAUACUGGCUCAUUACAAUCCCUCCAGCCAUCUUAUACUAACUUGUGAUGCAUCUCCUUAUGGUAUUGGUUGUGUGCUUAGUCAGGUUCGAGGGGAAAAGGAAGUUCCAAUUGCGUUUUAUUCCAGGACAAUGAGUCAGUCAGAACGAAGAUAUGCUCAAGUAGAUAGGGAAGCACUUUCCAUCAUUGGAGGGGUUAAAAAAUUCCACAAUUACUUAUAUGGGAGGCAUUUUGAAAUUAGAACAGAUCAUAAGCCACUUCUGGGUCUUUUCACUGUGGAUAAACAAACACCAAACACACUGUCACCUCGAAUGAUUCGCUGGAGUAUCCUUUUAAAUGGAUAUGACUUUGAUCUUGUAUACAAACCGGGGAUUUCUAUUCCGAAUGCUGAUGGUUUGAGUCGUCUUCCAUGUUCCUCCAAUGUUGUUGAUCAAGAGAUAAAUGAAGUCUUGAAUGACGUGCUAUACAUUGAAUCCGAUGAGGUUAAACCAAUCACCGCUAAUAUAAUAGCAAAAGAAACAGAAAAGGAUCCACUUCUAUCUAAAGUACUAUUAUGGACAUACAAACAAUGUUUACUUUGGGGAACUAGGGUGAUCAUUCCAUCCACUCUCAGGCAACAAGCUCUGAAGCUUCUACACAUGGGACAUGAGGGCAUUGUUCGAACAAAGGCGUUGGCUCGAAGCUAUUUCUGGUGGCCAAAACUUGAUCAAGACAUAGAAAACAUAGUGAAUUCUUGUCAAGCAUGGCAACAAAGUCGUCACAACCCUCCAAGAGCAACAGUUCUUCCCUGGGAGAAAACGAAACAACCCUGGUCUCGUCUCCACAUAGAUUUCGCUGGGCCCUUCCAAAACAAGUUGUUUUUGAUUGUUGUCGAUUCUUUCAGCAAAUGGUUAGAAGUAGUUUUGGUGCCUUCUACAGAUUCAAGAUCAACUAUAAAGGUCCUCAGAAGCCUUUUCGCAACACAUGGUGUUCCAGACACAAUAGUAUCUGAUAACGGGUCGGCUUUCACUUCACAAGAAUUUCGAUCGUUUAAUGAAAGCAAUGGCAUCCGCCACGUCGUGGUUGCACCAUACCAUCCGUCAUCGAAUGGUCAGGCAGAAAGGAUGGUCCAAACGACAAAAAAUUCUUUGCGACGAAUACUUCAAGGAGAUUGGCAAAAAAGAUUGGCUCAGUUCCUAAUAUCAUCUCAUAUAACGCCAAAUUGUUCUACUAAUAUGUCACCGAGUGAACUGCUGUUCGGAAGGCGUAUUAGAACCAUCUUAGACAGAGUUCACCCAGAUUAUUCUUCAAGUGACAAAGAAGAGAAAAUCUUGGAUAAAGCGCUUCACGAUUACCAACAGUCACCUCAGAGGAAAUUUAAAGAAAAUGACUCCGUAUUUGCAAGAAACUAUAAUCAGCGAGGACCAAAGUGGAUUCCUGCUAAAGUCACUAGAAUAACCGGGCCACUGAGCUACCAUUUGAUAACAAAAGAAGGCAUUGAAAUACGACGUCAUAUUGACCAAUUGAGACCUCGCUCAGAAACAUCAAAAGCAUCUACUAACUCACACUUGGAUAAUCCUGAAUCUCCAGUAAACCCACCAUUCCACCCACUACUCCAAAAUCCUAUUCAAAUGAGAACACCAGAAGCACAUCAUAUCACUCCAGUGCAACCACCAUCAAUGGUUCGCAAUCCUAUUAUGAUGAGAACACCAGACGUACAACCAAUGCGACCAUCAGUGAUGCAACAAUCUCGCAAUUCCUUUAGUAGUAUAGAAGGUUCAAUUAACCCUCAUCAAGAAGAUGCUGGUUUCAACGUUUCUGGUUUAAUUCAAGACUCCACUAGCAUGAGCACGAGUCCACAACCUGUUCGGUCACGUGUCUCUAGAUCAAACUCCCAAAACACUUCAAUGAGCAUGAGUCCUCGACCUGUUCGUAUCCGUCGACCACCGGCAUAUCUGAAGGACUACCUAACGGGGGGAGGAGUGUUAUGUAUCAAGAAAUAA